AUGGCUCCCGCAGGCACCCACACCAACCCCAAUACGCCGCGCGUGCGCAAUGGCGAGCCCCAGCCCGCCCCGUUAGCGACACCAGAACCUGCUUCGUCGCGUCGAGACUUGACAUCGUGGUGGAGGCAGUUCAGCAAGCGCCCCGCGAAAAAGGAGGACGAGAAAGAACCCGCCCUCCCUGGCAUCUUUGGUGUACCCCUCAUACAAAGCAUACCCUAUGCCAACGUCGCUAUUUCGCUAUUCAACGAGCACGGCGAAAGCUACAUCUAUGGUUACGUCCCAAUAGUCGUCGCCAAAUGCGGUGUCUUUCUGAAGGAAAAGGCAACCGACGUAGAAGGCAUCUUCCGAUUAGCAGGCUCCGAGAAGCGCAUCAAGGAACUCCGGACGGCCUUUGACACCCCACCCCGCUAUGGAAAAGGUCUGGAUUGGUCCGGCUAUACUGUACAUGACGCCGCCAAUAUUCUGCGCCGCUACUUCAACAAUCUCCCGGAGCCUAUAAUACCGCUGCAACAUUAUGACCCGUUCCGGAAUCCGCUCAAAGGCCAUCAGGCUGAGGCAGUAGGCGCCAGUGAAGGACAGCAGCCCUCGGUCGGAGGCUUCGAUCCCGAUGCGGCUGUGCGCAUAUAUCAACAUCAGAUUAAGGCGUUGCCGUCUUUGAACCGACAAUUGCUGCUGUACAUCCUAGACUUGCUUGCAGUCUUUGCCGCCAAGGCUGAUGUGAACAAGAUGACAACCUCCAAUCUGGCUGCCAUCUUCCAACCCGGACUGCUCUCACAUCCGCAGCACGAUAUGUCUCCACAAGAUUAUCGUCUGAGCCAGGACGUGCUCAUCUUUCUCAUCGACAACCAGGAUCACUUCUUAAUUGGCAUGGAAGGCACAGCUGUCGAUGAAGGUACCGUUAAGCACAUUGAAAGCGGGCCUUCUACCCCACAGGCAAGGACACCCACCACACCCCGUAAUAGUUCUGGCAUUGGGCGAUCGGCUUCGACCACUUCGAGCGCUGGUGCAGAAAGCCUUCGCAUGUAUGGCGGCGUCCGCAGGAAUGUAUCCACGUCUUCGAAGCGUUCACGACACUCGCCCGCUGUUCCCAGCCCAAUCGCACCAUCAUUUGUUUCGACCACGACAUCUGGAGUGCAUCGAAGCAACACGCUGCCCUCAAAGCGCUCCCCGGGGCUUGGGAGUCCCCGCUUCCCUGCUGCAAAGCAAAUCGGCCCUGAAGAGACUAAGAGCCCUCUCUCGUCUCCCAUGCCUCCAGAUGUUGCUGAUGUUCCUGAGAAUGUUGCCCCACAGCAGGAGAUGGAGUUACCUAUACGAACGAAGGAAGCCCCACAGGCGGUCGCACCCGCAGCGGAGCAAAUACCAGCCACACAGCCUGCCGAUCAGGAACUGCCACCGCCACAACGUGCGCAGACCAUGCCACCGAACAAGAUCGAGAUGCCGGUCCCAUACCAACCUUUCCCCCAACACGGAAUGGCUAUGCAACCGGCAGAGCCUUCACAAAAUAGACCGGCGGUUACACCUGCCACCCACAACAUGCCAGGCGGGUUCCCUCUGCCGUCUCCGGGCGUCAUCCCACCGAGUCAGCCCACUACUCCGAACGUCGUCGCCCAGUCGGCCCAGAACCUGUUACCUCCAAGGUCCACUACUCCAGGACCACGUAGUCCUCAGCGUAGUCCUCAUCACACGCCAACGCGUGAGCGGUCAGAGUUCUUGGAAGGGCCUGUUGACUCAGGUCCGUCAAUUGAGAUGACUCCUGCUGUUCGUACAUUUACACAAAUUCUAGCCAAGGUUGCGGCAUCCCCUCCGAACGAUUCCAAGGAAGCGAAAGACGGACGGAAACCGAACAAGCUGCAGAAGAAGAGAUUGCCGAACAGUAUCAGCCAGAGUACGCAUAGCUCCACGCACUCUCUUGGUGGUAGCGAUUCAGGGUUUGGUGGUCAAUUUUCUCACGGACCUCCUUCGCCACUGCAGCCACCCUCGCUUCCCUUUGCCCAUGGUCAGUCGCACGCAAACAGCUCUAGAGAGGUUUUGCAAGACACAGGCUCCUCGCGGGCCUCCGGGAACACACUCAAACCUAGCAUGUCGCCUUCUGCUAGUUUCAGAUCUCAUUCAACAGCAACAGAAUACUCGGAGAACGAGCAACUGGAAGAACAACCAAGAGAGGAGAAGCGCAGUUUUUGGAAAGGCCACAGGCGAGGAGAAAGUAAGGCAACGCCGACAGCAAGUCAGACAGAUCUCCACGGUUCAGUACCUGGCGCCGAUAAGAGUAUGAGCUCGUUCGCCAGCAGUUCUGGAUGGACAGGAGGAGGGCGCCGAAGUGGGCAGUACGAGUCGAAUCACGGCUCGGAAACGUCGAUGCUAUUCGGCAGCAGUCCCCCUGAUCACGACAAAUCCGACAAGAAAGGUGCAUUCGACUGGUUCCACAAGCGCAGACAGGAUCACAAAGAACGUUUAGAUAGGAGAGAAAGAGCCAAGAGCCCACCGGGCAGCUCGAGUCAUCUCCCUUCUCCACAGAACAUGAUGAAUCCACAAGAAUCCUUCGCCGUUCGUGGACGAGCACCGGAUGUGCCACCACCAGUGGAAGAGCCCCAACCUAAAGCAGACAAAUCCAGCGACGUCACGCCUACCGGGAUGAGUCCAACACCCCCGAACGUACCUACGCCGGGAAGCCCGAAGCCCAGGAUGAGUCCUGCCAUGGCUCUGCGGACAGAUCUCCCAGCUGCACUGACUGAACCCCGAUCAGUUGCGCGAUCUCCGGACAGGAACUCCAAGUCACCAGUCACUACAACGCCUCCUGUGCAGCCAUUCGCCAAAGCACCAUCACCUUUAAAUGUCGACAGUACGCAGCAGGUAGAAGCUGGCGCAGCGACCCAGCCCGGGGCCUCAGCAACUACCUCGGAACCUGUUCAGCCAGUGUCAACACCUUCGGGGCCUCUUCACUCUUCCUCCAACUCGACUACUACUGUCACGCCUCAGACGGUGAACCGGGAGACAAACUCUGAUGCACCGUCAUCUGAUGGUCAGUCGUCACCUUCGUUCGUCCCAAGAGGCGAGCCAGCGCCUUAG